AUGGUCUCCGGCGCGAGGUUUUUCGGCACCAAAAUCUCCUGCUUGUACCCGGCUCAAUGGCAAUAUCAGUAUUCGAAACUGGAAUAUUUUGACGAAUUUUGCUUCUUCGCCCCAAAGCAUACGAGUGGAGGUGUAUUCGAUAAUUUUGAGUGGAUCCCCUUCAUCCUCUUCCUACAAUUGUCGUUCUUCCGCCUGCCGGCUUAUAUUUAUGACAGCGUGCUACCAACACCAAAGGUCUCCCAUGUCCAAGGUGCGAGGCAGGCAAAUAAGUGUUAUCUGGAGCAUGUGAAAGAUGGAGGCGUAAAACGAACACUGAAUCUGGUCAAGCCGGGCGAAAAUGAUCUGGAAACGCUUGUCCUGAGGAUUUAUGAAAACCUGCGGCACGAAUCGACACGGGAAAUGUGUAGUAUCGAGGAGUGCCUGCGGGGAAAAUCCGCCGCCGUCGCCUACAUAGCCUUCAAGGUACUUCAACUGGUGAACGUGCUGGCUCAACUUUGCCUUGUCACAUAUUUCCUUGGAAUCUCGGACCAAGGCAUGGCAUGGCAAAUGGUGAUAAAUGCGCUUGGGCGGGCGCAGUUCGACAAUUAUUCCGGGCUCUUCCCUCUAAAAGUUUUCUGUCUCGGCACCGAGUUUACGAGGGGAGACAUGAUACAGGACCAUUGGAUGGAAUGCAUUCUGCCGUACAAUUAUAUCAACGAGAAGAUCUACCUGUUAAUGUGGAUCUGGUUUGCGUUGCUAUCUGUGAUGUCAGCCGUUAGCCUCUGCAGUUGGCUCGCAACGUUGCUCUGCGACACUUCUUCGGCGGCCGUUGUUGAGAUGAUCAAGCAAUAUCCGGCUACUGAUGAAUUGAUCCUUUAUGGAGUGCAAACCAGCAACUACACUCGCCGAUUGCCGGCACCCUUAUUGAAGAAUCUCCUACGCGACUUCGACUCGUUUUGUUCCUGGGAUACCCGGAUGUUCUUCAGGCUGGUAUCAGACCAUUUGGGUCCGAUCAUCCCAUCCGAAUUGGCCAUCAUUUUACUUGAAUUUUAUGCUGCCAAACGCGAGUACAGCGAAAUGCUCAGCGACGAAUUAGAAACAUCGACCGGUUGCCUGACGGAUUUCCGCAAAGGACAGGCAAGCGAGAUGUCGGCUGCGUCGGCACAAGGCGCCGAUGAACAGAAGCCGACCACUAUGAAGAUAACGAGCCCUCCGCCCGCCUACUCCAGGACAGUGCCAGCUCCCGUGGAGCCCAGCAAAGAUAACCUCGUC